UGGGGGAAACCUCUGCAAUUGUGAAAUCCAUCCCACUGAACAUGAGCAAAAGCUACACCAUGAGGUACCAUGGAAGGGUAACCUACGAUGCUGACGUGCUAAAGAUGUUUUGGGAGAAAAAAAUCGAGCUUCACACGGAACUACUGCAGAAGGAGGACAUGAGGAUCCGCAGGAGCGCCCUGGACAGGCUCCGCGACGAGUGGGCUCGGCAGCUGGAGAGGAGGAAUCAGAUGCUGCAGAGCUCCCGGGAGGCGCCCCCGCGGCCAGCCCCGCCCUGCACGCCCACCCUGGGCGCCGCGGGGGCUGUGACCUCCCCGGGUCCCCAGAUGAGCAGGGCCUUGAGCCCGCAGCAGAGGCCGGGCUGA